CGCGCCAACAACCAGAACAACAAGGAGGCCAGGCGGAAGCGGCGGCGGCGGCGGCGGGGGGGAAGGAGAGUAGGGCCGGAGGAGCGGUGGAGGUGUGUUGCCAUCAUGGGGGCCGUGCUGGGCGUCUGCUCCCUGGCCAGCUGGAUCCCCUGCUUGUGUAGUGGUGCAUCAUGUUUGCUGUGCCGCUGUUGUCCUAACAGCAGGAAUUCUACUGUGACUCGACUUAUUUAUGCCUUCCUCCUUCUCCUCAGUACUCUUGUUGCUUGUAUCAUGCUGGCACCAGGAAUGGAGAAACAGCUGAAAAAGGUGCCUGGCUUUUGUGAUGGCAUUGUUGACUGUGAAGCUUUGGUUGGAUAUAGAGCAGUCUAUCGAAUCAGUUUUGCCAUGGCUGUGUUCUUCUGUCUCUUUGCCCUUCUUAUGAUACAAGUGAAAUCAAGUAAAGAUCCAAGGGCUGCAGUGCAUAAUGGAUUUUGGUUCUUCAAGAUAGCUGCAAUUGUUGGCAUCAUGGUUGGAGCAUUUUACAUUCCAGAAGGGCCUUUCACAACAGUAUUAUUUGUAUGUGGCACUAUUUGCGCAUUCUUGUUCAUUCUCAUCCAGCUGGUGCUGCUUGUUGAUUUUGCUCAUUCCUGGAAUGAAUCUUGGGUUGAACGAAUGGAAGAGGGAAACUCCAGAUGCUGGUAUGCAGCUCUUCUGUCGUGCACUUGCUUGAACUAUGUCCUGUCAUUCAUUGCCAUUGUGCUCUUCUAUAUCUUCUACACAAAGCCUGAGGGUUGUAUCGAGAACAAGUUUUUCAUCAGCAUUAAUAUGAUUUUGUGCAUUGCUGUGUCUAUCACAUCGAUCCUUCCCAAAGUCCAGGAACAUCAGCCUCAUUCUGGCCUUCUCCAGUCUUCUGCAAUUACUCUCUACACCAUGUACCUCACUUGGUCAGCCAUGUCCAAUGAGCCUGAUCGCCACUGUAAUCCAAGUCUUCUGAACAUCAUCAGCCAAAUAGCUGCACCUACUUCCCUUCCAGUGAAUGCCACUGCUAUACCUGUCAUUCCGACAUCUGCACCACUAAAAAGCCCACAGUGGUGGGAUGCACAGAGCAUUGUUGGGCUCAUUAUCUUUGUACUUUGUCUCCUGUAUUCCAGCAUCCGAUCUUCUAACAACAGUCAAGUAAACAAGUUGACCCUGUCUGCAAGUGACAGUGUCAUUCUGGAUGACACUACAGGUGGUGAUGUAGAAGAUGGCGAACCUCGGCGGGUCUUGGACAAUGAGAAAGAUGGCGUCCAGUACAGCUAUAGCUUCUUCCACCUCAUGCUGUUUCUUGCCUCCCUUUAUAUCAUGAUGACUCUUACCAAUUGGUACAGUCCCGAUGCUGAAACGAAAACUCUGACAAGUAAAUGGCCAGCUGUCUGGGUGAAGAUCUCUUCAAGUUGGGUCUGCCUCCUCCUUUACUUCUGGACCUUAGUGGUACCUCUUGUCCUAACCAAUCGGGACUUCAAUUAAAUGACAACUUCCCUGAAAGCAUGGAAACAUGACGUUACGCUCUGCUGAAAGCCAAAUGUUCUGUAUUGCUUCUUGGAGCUAAGGCUCCAGCUGUGUCUCCUGCAACAUACAGAUGAAUAGAAAGCUGCUAACUUUUAUCAUGCUUGAUGCAAGAUCUAAAAUGUGUACAUCUUGAUAUGUUUAAUUCAAAGCUAGCCUUUGUUAUUAAUCUAUUACAGCUUUGCUGUUUGGAGUUUUGUAAAUGCCUAUACUGUAGUGUAAACAUCACAAAGAUAUUAUUGGAAGAAAGCUUAACUGAGCUAAAAGUAAUAUAUUUUAAAGUUCUAAUGCUUCAAUAUAUGGAAGUGAAAGACAUACUGCAAGUGUACAUUCCGCUUCAGGAAGUGUGUCCAAUAGUGUUCUUUUUAAUGGGUGGAAUUUGCUUUUCUCAACAGAGAACAGUGUGUUCAAUGUUGUAAGUUAGAAUUAGGAAUUUUAGAUCACUGUAGGAAAUUGUCCUAUUUGCCAGUUAAUUUCAUUGUAUUCAGUAUACUUUAAAGAACAAAUUACUGAAAUGUAGAGUUUACUGAAGUGCUGUUUUCUAAUAUGACCAAUGUCUGUAGCCAGUGCAACAGCUUGUUCAUUUUGACAUUUAAUUAUUUGCACUAUAAACAUGUUUGAUUAAAGGUAA